AAAGUCGAAGCUAGGUGUUGUGGGGCGGAGUGGUUAAUUGAUGGCGGAUCGGCAUCCUAUUCAGUAAAACAGGCGUCAAUAUGUUGAAGGUUUUUCUCUUACUGACAGCCUUGAUUGGUGUGUUUGGCGACACCGUUGACCUUGGCUGUAACCCUGGGUGGUAUCCCAAUGCUGGGUAUUGCUAUCUCUUCAACACCAACAAGCGUGUGACACACCAACAGGCUGCUGACGAGUGUAACAAUUACUUAGCAACACUUGUCAGGGUCGAGUCAGCGAACGAAAAGAUGUUUAUAGACACCACUAUUCCACAGUUUACGUCAGAUGGGUUCUGGACAGACAUGACAGACCUUCGUUUUGACGGGACAUCCACAGGGACAGGAGUCUGGGAAUGGGGAGGCUACGAGAAAGUUAAUAUGUCCGCAAUCGCGUGGGAAAAAUAUCCUACCAAUAACCCAAAGGACUCAUGUGGAGCAAUCAAUAUCCAAGGCGUUUUCCAAAACUGGAGAUGUGAUCAGCGCCUCGGAUAUAUAUGUGAGCUGGACGUUGGCACAGACGGUGGAUGUCCAUUUGGUUGGAUGUUUGGAACAGACACCUGUUUCUACUUUAGCAACACCAGUGAUCCUAGUCUGCUAUUGUCUUGGACUGAUGCAAAGGCCAUGUGCGCAGCCAAAGUCGUAGGCAAUGUCAAGGGGAAGCUUGUAACGCUUGACAGGCCCAUUGAUGCUGCUUAUAUCGUGAAUGAAAUGCCAGAGAUAGCCAAUUCUACGAUAAUGUAUUGGACCGGGCUUACAAAAACUGCCACCGCCUGGGCUUGGGACGGAGGGGACCCAUACAACGCCGGAUAUUUUUCCUGGGCCACCGAACCGGACCACAUAAACAACAACGAACACUGUGCUAUUCUCAAAACUGACGGUAAAUUUAGCGACCAGAACUGCAACAGACAGAUGAACUUUGUCUGUCGACUCGGCACGACGACAGUGAAUUCGGAUUACUACAUGGGAUGCAACGGCUGGACCCGAGCCGGUCACAAGUGCUAUCAGAUAUAUGACGGACCCAAAAGCAGCUGGACUGAUGCCAAUUCAAAAUGCCAGAGUCUCAGCUCAAGACUACUAAAAGUAGAAACUCUGGACGAAAGGGACUGGGUUGAAUGGCAGCUGACUGACGAGUCUCAUCCAAACGUCUAUUGGUCAGGCUUGAACGACAGGGCCACUGAAGGAACGUAUCGUUGGGCGGACGGCGCCUUAGCUAAUAGUUCGUUGAUUCGUUGGAAUCAGGAACCAAACUCGUGGUUUGGGGACGAAGAUUGUGCUGGCAUUCGUCAAGAUGGCAACUAUAAUGAUAGGGACUGUUUCCUGCAAGCACCCGCCAUUUGUGAAUAUACCGGCAGUCCAUGUCCUACAGGAUGGGUUACCUGGGCAGGUACGAGUACUGUUUGCUACUAUGUUACUGCCGUCAAUCAGACAUUCACAUGGGACGAGGCAAACACUUUCUGUAGUAAGGAUAUGGCACAGAUCGGUCAAAUGAAGCCAGCACUUCUAGCCGUAAAUAGCCAGGCAGAACAGACCUUCAUAAACAACUUGUUGACGAAGCAAGCCCUCAAUCCCAAAUCUUGGUGGACGGGACUGAACGACGUUAAAAAUGAAGGCAUCUGGACUUAUCCCGACAGGUCAAACCUGCCUCCAAACAUGGCCGUCAUACCUUGGAAUUCUGAACCCAAUGACAAGCUGGGCAAUAAAGAUUGUGUGAUGUUGGCGUGGUCUGGGCGUUAUAUUGACAUCAACUGCAAAGCAAAAAUAGGAUUCAUUUGCGAAAAAUGGCCGUACGGACUAAAUCCAAACAAAGCAAGCACGAGAUCGCUAUCAUCUUUACUGAUAGCAUUAGUCGUAUCUGUAACGUUCAUUCUCCAUUGAAAUGUUGUAAAAUAUAAAAUAUUUAUUUCAUUGAACUAGAACUGUCUAUGCGUACGAAAGUACAAACACUUCAAUAUACCUGUUAAUUUAAAGAACGUUUCAAAGCAAUUCUAAAGUCUUGAUCAAAUCCCUUAGACAGUGAGUAAUUUUCCUCCCUAAACGAUCUUUUUUAUCUGAACGAUUACUCAUUCUACAGACUCCCUUGUCUAAGAACGAUACUUUCAUAUAUUAUCAAUGAGCAUACAUCUGUGCAAUAUAGUUACUGAGUGCAAUAUAUAUACAAUGUAGUGUUUAACUAGUUUAAUAAAGUGAAAAACCAA